AGGACUGCUCACAGAAUGAUCCCCGUACUCACCAUGGACAACAAAACAGAUGACUAUAAUAUCUAUGGUGCUUAUUUCGCGCCACUCAGGUCUAGCGAUGGCGUUAAGAUGUUGAUCGACGGCCUAGAAGGCGAAGAGUUAGCGUCGGUCCCGGAGCACUGGUACACAUACGCCGCGCCACCAGCAAGCGCACACACGGCGCUCGCGCUUCUUUAUACCUUUUUUACGGCGGCUUCACUGGUUGGAAAUGGACUAGUUAUUUUCAUAUUUGCCACGACAAAAAGCUUACGAACAUCCAGCAAUUUGCUGAUUCUAAAUUUGGCAAUCAUGGACUUUAUAAUGAUGGCAAAAGCGCCAAUCUUCAUCUACAACAGUGCGAUGCGAGGCUACGCCGCCGGAUCUAUAGGCUGUCAGAUCUUCUCCGUCAUGGGUGCAUAUACCGGAAUCGGCGCGGCUAUGACCAAUGCUUGUAUCGCAUAUGAUAGACAUUCAACAAUAACUCGCCCUCUCGACGGGCGGUUAUCGCGUGGGAAAGCUUUAUUGAUGAUAGCUAUCAUAUGGAUAUAUGCUACUCCCUGGUCACUGAUGCCAUUGUUUGGUGUAUGGGGGCGAUUCGUGCCAGAGGGUUAUUUAACAUCUUGUACAUUCGACUAUCUUACGAAUACGUUCGACACGAAACUAUUUGUAGCUUGCAUUUUUGUAUGCAGCUACGUUUUCCCUAUGAGCUUUAUAAUUUACUUCUACAGCGGCAUCGUCAAACAAGUAUUUGCCCACGAAGCUGCCCUAAGAGAGCAAGCGAAAAAGAUGAACGUCGAAUCACUGCGGUCGAAUCAAAACGCUUCCGCUGAAUCGGCUGAAGUCCGAAUCGCAAAGGCAGCGCUCACUGUCUGUUUCCUUUUUGUCGCUUCUUGGACGCCUUACGGUGUGAUGGCGAUGAUAGGUGCCUUUGGCGAUCAACGAUUAUUGACUCCGGGAGUAACGAUGAUCCCUGCGGUGGCCUGCAAGACUGUAGCGUGUAUCGACCCUUGGGUGUAUGCCAUCAGCCAUCCAAAGUACAGGCAAGAACUGCAAAGACGUAUGCCAUGGCUCCAAAUCAACGAGCCGGAUGACAAUACUUCGACAGGAACCAACAGUACGGCCAAUUCUUCCGCUCCAGCUGCUUCUGCGUAACUGACCACUGACGACGACCAUAGCGAAUACAACGGACUGCGAUCUUAGUUACUUUGUUAAUAUUGAAAUGAAAGAAAAAAAAACAAAAAAAAGAGAAAUGACAAUGAUACUUAAUAUUUAUAACUUAUUAAUAAUUUCUUUAUUUAGUUUAAGCUCAAAAUGAGAAAUAAUGUAUAAAUUACUUCAACGGAGAAAUUUAAGCACGAAACGGCUAUGCUAACGGAAUAUCUGAUGGUUUAUAUACUUACUUACAUUGUAUAAUCAUAAUAUACAAUAACAUGAAAUGAAAUAAAUAUGAUUAACAUGAAAUGAAA